CAUAUACGUCAACUAAACUUGAUCACUCAUUCAUAAUUUUUUAGAGAAAAAAGUGAAGUGUUGGACGAGAUCUACUAGAAAGUUUCUGUUUCCCGUGUGAUUCUCAUGGCGUAGUUUAUAGUUAAAAGUUUUGCCUUUUAUUUAACAACACUUUAACAAUCUCAGACCCACAGCUAAAUAGCUAUGGAAACUUUGAAGAAAGCAACUAUUUCCUUUUGUUUCCUCUUCGCCAUUUUCAGCUUCUCAGAAUCAUCUAGAUCCAUCCUUCAUCAGCCGCAUCCUCAGCCUCUUGAAUCCUUCAAAAUCAACAAUACCCAGAAUGCAAGGAGCUGUUCGUACACGGUAACAAUAAAAACAAGCUGUUCAUCGCCUGCUUAUACUCGGGAUUACAUCAGUAUUGCAUUUGGAGAUGCAUAUGGGAAUCAGGUAUAUGUACCGAGGAUUGAUGAUCCAUCUUCAAGGGCAUUUGAGCGCUGCUCUACAGACAGAUAUGACUUAAAGGGACCAUGCACGUACCAAGUAUGCUAUGUGUACCUCUACCGGAGCGGAUACGAUGGAUGGAAAGUGGACAAAGUAACCAUCAGUAGCUACUCUUCAAGAUCCGUUACUUUUAACUACAACUCGAAGAUUCCCAAUGAUGUUUGGUUUGGUUUUAAUUUCUGCUCUGGGCAUCAAGCUGUGGAAUCUACUGCAGCAAUGUAAAAGACUAAGUUGAAAAUUCCAAGCUAAGUAACGCAAUGUUAUGGGUUGUGUAAUGGGAACAGUUGCUUAAAGUUGUCUGAGUUAAAUAAAGUGAUGACAUCUUUGUAGUAAACUUAGAAAUAAUGGAAAUUCCUGAUAGAUCUA